UAUUAUAAGUCCCAAAAAAAAAAAAAAACCAGUGGAGAAUAGCCUCUGAGCUGGAUGCCCUUAUCCAACGCCCUUUCGACGUCUUAAAAAGCCACCUUUAACAUCCUCCCUAUCUCAACGGUCCUCUACUUCUCUUAUGUAACAACUAUGUCUUUCAGUCUGACAUGACUUGGGAAAAUAUCCACCUAAGUAUUGCAGAGAAAUUAAGGUGUUGUUAAGGAUCAAUUCAAGAUAUGGGUACACAACUCAGGGCAAGUUAUUUUCAUCAUAAUGUUUGUUCUAAUAUACCCACAUUAGCUUCAACACCUGCGGCAACAUCAUUGCAUUCGUAUUCUUCAUUUAUUCUCUCAAAACUCAAUGAUCCUUUGAACAGAAAGAAGGGGUUGGUUUUAGAGAGAUCUCUGGGUUUCAGUUUUAAUAAGAAGAGAAAUGUAGUGACAAGAGGAAGAAUAGGUACAAGAAAAAGUUUUGGUCAUGGAAUUGUGGCAUCAAGCAACAUGGCUGCGCCACUCUGGGAUAGUUGGAAACCACAAAAGGCUUCUUCUGAUCCUUCUCUCAGUGACAUCCUUUGGCCUUCUGCAGGAGCAUUUGUGGCCAUGGCAAUACUGGGAAAGAUGGAUCAAAUGCUGGCUCCAAAAGGACUUUCAAUGACAAUUGCUCCGCUGGGGGCUGUCUGUGCGGUGCUUUUUGCCACUCCAUCUACCCCUGCUGCUCGGAAGUACAAUAUGUUCAUGGCUCAGAUUGGUUGUGCAGCCAUCGGUGUUCUGGCAUUCUCUAUAUUUGGACCUGGUUGGCUUGCUAGGAGUGCUGGCCUUGCUGCUGCCAUUGCAUUCAUGAUCUACACUCGGUCAACACAUCCACCAGCUGCAAGCCUGCCACUACUCUUUAUUGAUGGGGUUAAAUUGCAUCGAUUGAAUUUUUGGUACGCUUUGUUCCCUGGAGCUGCUGGCUGCAUCAUCCUUUGCUUGAUUCAAGAGGUGGUAAGUUACUUGAAGGAGAACUUGAAAUUUUGAAUCUUGAAAGGCUUCAUUGUUUAGUCAUAAAAGCGACUUGCGGAUCUUCCAAAUUAGGCCUCAUCUGCAGUACGCUCAAGCCAACUGGUUGAUCAUUGUUUAUUGUUUAUGAAAGAUCCUUGGCCAUUAAAUAAUUUUGGUUCUUGGUUAGGUUGUGAUAAUGGGGAAAGUAAAGAAACAAUAUUGUAGUUUGAGGGUUUAGGGACAGACACUUUAGAGCCUUGGAAUGGCAUUCACAAUGAUGUUACUUUUAUUGGGUGGACUUACUUUUGCUGAAAAUCUGGUUGUAAUUCCCGAAUUUCUAAAUAAAAUUGAGAAUCAAUCGUCCCUACCAUUCAUGGACCCAAAUCCAUAGUGUUU